AAGGGCCGUGCUUCAAUUGAAAAGCUUUUCCCUCGUCUUCCCCUCGCGAAAUUUUGAAACCGAGAUUCUACUCCUUUUCAAGAUGCGCAACACUCUGAUCUUCUCGGGUACCUCGUGUCCCGACCUCACCAAACGAAUAUGUGAAAACUUGGGCAUGGCGCCGGCUGAGGCCGAGCUCACCCAAUUCUCAAAUGGCGAAACCAGCGUCCGAAUCCUCACAAGCACACGAGAGAAGGAUGUCUUUGUCGUCCAAUCCGGCAGCCCCAAGAUCAACGACACCAUUAUGGAGUUGUUGAUCAUGAUAUCGGCAUGCAAAGGAGGUUCAGCAAGCAAGAUUACGGCUGUACUACCAUACUUCCCCUACAACCGUCAAUCCAAGAAAAAGUCACAUCGAGGAGCUAUUACCGCAAGAAUGCUGGCCAAUUUACUACACGUUGCCGGUGUCAAGCACGUCAUCACAGUCGACCUGCACGCCUCCCAGAUGCAGGGCUUCUUCCAGUGUCCUGUCGAUAACCUGCACGCCGAGCCUCUGAUUGCUAGGUGGAUAAGGCUCAACGUAUCAAACUGGCGGGAGGCUGUCGUUGUGUCGAAAAACGCAGGCGGCACAAAGCGAGUAACAUCGCUAGCAGAUGCCCUGAAGCUUAACUUUGGCAUGGUUACUACCGACAAAAAACGAGGCGGCGGGGGCGGCAUGUCAGCUAGUAUGAUCCUUGAUCAGCUUGACAGGCCAGACCCUGUUGUUGUUGCGGCCAAGGACGGAGGCGUCGCCACAACACCCACUGCCGAAGCACCAUUUCCCAACCUUGAUGGCACGUCAGAAGCAGCCUCUUCAAAGACGCGAGUAGUGGCCGAUUCCCGUGGAUCGCCAAAACGUAUACCUGUUAGGACGCAGUCACAUUCGAACGGCAGAUCACGAGUCACGUCACAUCCGAUACAAACCGAGACAGUGGCAGAAGAGAAGGAAGGGGUCGAGGGCGAUGUAGCUGAUAACGGAGAGGACGCAGACGAUGAGAAUGACGGUCGCCCAGACGAGGUUACACAUGCUCGUCUUUUCCAGGGACACAUUGUUCCUGACGAUUUUCCCUCUCCAUCCACCUCUGCGGCAGACGCAAGUUUGCCUGACGACGAUCCCAUGAUGAUGUCGCACGCCUCUUCCUUCUUUCAGCCAGAUAACCAUGCCCUCGGUGGCUCUGGGGAUGCUGCCAGCUCAGACGAGGAGGAGGACAAGCUCAAGGAUCCUCGCAUCGAACACAUGAUCACCCUAGUCGGCAAUGUACGCAAUCGAACAGUCUUCAUUGUCGAUGACAUGAUCGACAAGCCCGGCAGUUGGAUCGCUGCUGCUGAAGCCGUCGUCAAAAGAGGUGGUGCCAAGACUGUCUACUGUAUGGCAACGCACGGCGUCUUUGGUGGCGAUUGUCUAGAGCAGUUGGAGGCUUGCGACUGCAUCCACCGUAUCGUCGUGACGGACAGCUAUCCGAUCCGCCCUGAGAAGGCAAGGAGUGCAAGCAAGCUGGUGAUUUUGGACCUUUCCCAUCUUCUUGCCGAGGCCAUCAGGCGUAACCACAAUGGUGAAGCCAUCUCGCCCCUUUUCCAGCACAUUGUCGAUUGAGCAAACAUACAAUAAGCCUUUGAUGACAUCUACUAUGGUCUGCGGCGGCCUAACGAAUAUUGUACGACUCACAAAAUGGUAAGGGGGCAAGGUAUGCAUUCGGUUUCUUUUCAGAGCUUGGCGUCUUCGGUGCUAUGGGCAUAUGUUUUUUUUAAAAAAAAAACAAGAAAAAAAACAAAAGGUGAAACGAAAGGUCAACAUGCAACUAGUUUGAGCUAAACCGCUUUGAUCAGUGAUCCAGAUGCCAGUUCCUUUUAGAGACCAUCAGUCCUCCCGUCAUCCUUUCCAUAUUCUCUUUUCCUUUUUUCCCCCCAAGGUGCUAUUAGCGCACUAUCACGGUCCUCACAAAGGACUUCACCGACGAUGCUACCAUUUGGGUAGCAGGUAUUUCCUUCAUCCCAGAAGAAGUGCCUAACGGAGCGUUGGAAGAUCAAAUGUCCCUUGUUGGACUUUCGGACAUAGAAGGCCUACUGCCCGACCGGCCGCACUCGUUGCGGCCAUGGUCGCUUCCUCCAGGUUGAUGGGCAGUGGGCAAGAGAACCGUCUGAACAAACCCCAAGUCAAGUCCUGAUCGGCUUGGUCGAGUAAAAUUAAAUGCAGAAUGAUAAUGAUGAUAGUAACACUCCAAAAAUUUCCCA